AUGCAUUCCUUCAUGACCCUCCUGCUUGCAGUCCUUGCUUUGACUGCCUUUGCUGCACCCAACCAACCCAGCCCACCGGCCACAGUCAAAGUUCCCUCCUCUUUCUUCGACGCUCCCAUCGAGCAGCCUGACAACCAGGUCAACUCCACUAACUUCAUGCUUCGCGAGUACGAGCAUGUUACCUGCGGCGACUGGGGCAGCGUCGACGUUCCUGAGAUAGAAGUCGGCAUCCAAUACCUUCGCGGUGUCAAAGGCGAGCCCCAUCUCGACGGACAUACCUGUGAGCGUGUUAGCUGCUCGUGGAACUCGGGCAUCUACUGGUGCAACGACAGGAACACUCACAGACACCUACCCGGGUACUAUAACAUUGCUGACGGUGCCGCUGAGAUCUACCGCAUUUGCCAGCCUGUGUUUGGAAGUACUGGCACUCUGUACCACAAUGAUGACUGGAGAGUUCUUAUCGCAAAGCCUAGGGGCAAUGGCGAUGACAAGAACUGCUAG